UAAACAGAUAAGAGCAUAGAAAACGGCCGUCUCGGAUAGUUGUUUCAGUUGUCGCGUAUCCGCCGCACGGUGCAGUCGUGUCUUGUGAUGCUAUGUACAUAGUAAAACAAUGAGGAACAUUUGGAUUUUAGUGUUGUUGGCCGCUUGUGCUAAAGCUGAUUACCGUCCCGACAAUUUCCAAUACUACGAUGAUACAUUGAAUUUGGAUGAUGAAAUGUAUGAUAUGCUGAGAAAUAUAGAUAAUAUUAAUCAAAAUGCUCCCGAUUCUCCACAAGAUACAUCAAAGGAAGCCAUCGAGGAAAGUGAAGGCCUUUUAAAUGUAAACAUUAAUGAUGUACAGCCAAAUUUCGAAGAAGCCAUAAAAGAGCCCGAAUAUGAAGACGACUAUCAAAUCGAAGAUAACAGAUUAGAAGUUAAAGAAUCAGUGAACGAGGCACAAAACGCAGGUAAAGAUGAUGAUUUCCUUAAAAGUAUACUAGAAAACGAUGGAAAUGUUGAUGAGGCACAACAAGAUUUUGAUGCUUUUCAACAAAUUCUUGGAGAUAAAGAAAACAUUGGUAAUGAUAUUGAAGAAAAGAUAUUGUACGUUGACGAGCAGAGUUUAACGGACUUAAAAGAAUUAUCUUUUGAAAAUAAAAAUAAUGAUGAAACCUUAGUGUUACCUCCUUUACUUGACGAUAAUAAAACUCAACAAGAAACACUUAAUGAAUCUAAUAAUAAUUCUGAAGAAAUCUCAAUUCCGGAAGAUGAUAACAAUGAAGAAAUUUCAAAAAUAUCUAAUGAAGAUGAUAUGAAUAAUUUUAAUGUCGAAAAUAAAUCUGAUAAUGGUAAUUCUCUAUCAAAUAUAGAUGAAAAUGUAGACAAAACCAAACAAAUAUCGCAAGAAUCUGAUAUCAACCAGAUCGAAGGUAAUGAUAAAAUAGCGAAUGAAGAAGGCUUUGACAAUGUUGAUGAGAUUUUAAUUCCGGAAGAUGACAAUAAUGAAGAGAUUUCAAAAAUAUCUGAUGAAGAUAUUAAGGAUGAUUUUAGCGAUCAAAAUAUUUCCAUAAUGAAUUCGCAACCAAACAUAGAUAAAAUUAUAGAAGAAACUCAAAAGUUAUUAGAGGACAAUGAUGAUCAAUUCGAAAAUCGUGAUACAGAUAAUGAUAAUUCUGAAAAUAUUUCGAUCCCAGAAGACGAUAAUAAUGAAAAAAUUUCGCAAAUAUCUGACGAAGAAAAACUUUUACAAAUUGUUAAUUCUCAACUAAAUAUAGAUGAAAUUGUAAGUGAUAGUCAUAAAGCUUUUGAAGAUCCUGAUAAUCAGUUGGAAAAUAAUAAAUCUGAUAUUAAAACAGAAAUUUCUAAACAACUCGAUACCAAUUCUAAACAAAACCAAGAAGAAGAUAACAAUGAAGAAAUUUCUAAAGCGUCCGAUGAAAAUAAUUCAAAUACUGAAGAAAAGCUUCUGGAGAUUAUUAAUUCUCAACUAAAUGUAAAUGAAAUUGUAGACGAAACUCGUGAAGUACUUCAAGAAACCAACAAUCAAUUUGAAAGUAAUGAAUUAAAGAAUAACAAAGAAAAUGUAGAAGAACUUAAAAGUAAUGAAGAUAAUUCUGAGAUAUUGGAUAAAGUUCCAUUUGAAAAUAGUUUGAAAGAACCCAUAAGUGAAGAGGUAAUUUCAGAUAAAGAAACUGUGAAAAAUAUUAUUGAUUUGAAUAUUCCUCAAAUUGAUAUGCAAUUUGAGGUGAACGGUAUUAUAGAUGAAACAAAUAGACUUUUAGAUGAAACUGCAGAUAAUGUUAAUAUAAAUAUUGAUAUUAAUGAACAGAAUAUUGAUCAAGCACAAAGUGUCAUUGGUAGCCAAGAAAUGUUUAAUGAGAAUGACGAUGAUUCUGAAAAGGUAUAUAAAGAUCUUAAUGAUCAUUUAGAUAAUUUAUUAGAAACUUGGUAUAAAUUGAGCAAUGAUGACUUUGAAGAAAACAAUUCAGAUGCAGCUAUAGACAACGAACACGUUCUAGAUUAUGAAGAAAAAUAUGGCAGACCAUUUGGAGAAGGAAAAGUUUUAUCUCAGAGAGAUGACUAUUACGAAUCUAUUAACGAUGACGAAUUGUCUAAAGUAUUCUCUGACGUCAAUUCUGAUGAAAUUAAAUCUGAUAAUAAUGAAACAAUUCAAAAAAUAUCUGACGAUGAGAACAAAGAAAAUGAUGCACAAAUUGCAUAUGUUAAUGAUGCACUAUCCGCAGGAGAGAAAGAAGAUCAAGGAAAAUCAGAACGAAGUCAGAUAGAAGAUAAAGAGCCUGUAAAAGCUAUGAGCGUAGAGAAUUUAUCAAGUGCGGAGCUAGAUCAACUAAUGUCGCAAUUCUCAAUAUUACACAGUGAAGAUUUUGAUAUGAAAUCGUAUAGCUUUGAUAAAAAUGUAGCACCUAUCCAUAUAAAGCUGAGUGUUGAUGAACCUACAGUAAUCACUUCUCCAAAUUAUCCCAAGCCAUAUCCAACCAACAAUAUUAUAGACUGGGUAUUCGAUGGCGAAGGAGUCGGAAUUGAACUCAAUAUUACCGACUUUAAUGUGAACAGCGCUUUGGGUGACUAUCUUUUGGUGAAACCAGGUAGCGUUGAUAGCUCUGGUGACAACGGUUUGGUAUUCGCUUACCACCUAAACGAAGAACGGCGUUACCGCUUCAUGGAUGUCGACCAACUGUUCAUCAGAUUUGAAUCCAAGCCUGGAAUGAUGCUCCGGACUGGCUUUAAGCUUAGCGUGAAAAUGAUUGCACCACCCGAAGAAGAACCCGAAGAAAUGCCAGAACCAGAACCAAUACUUCCACAGCCUAAUGCGAUCAUGACGCUGUACCUGGCCGGUGUAAAUGUAACCGAGUUUGAAGAGAUCAAGGAGGAAUUCAGACUGCUACUAGCUAAUAUGGCGUCAAUGUAUAUAAACGCGAAUGGAAUCGAACUGGGACUGAAUGAUACAAUUUUCGUCACCCAAAUCACCCGUACCUACAUCUGCAAUAUCAACUGGCCAGGCUUCGACAACUGCGUGGAAGUUCAGUUCUCCGUGCCCCUGGUCUACGAUGAUGACAGGGAACCCAGGCUCAACGAAAGCGACCUGAAAGCCAUGUGGUACACGUACGCCACCAGAGACCCCUUCGCCACUAGGCUCAAGUAUUUAGGUGUUUCUGAGUUCACGACCCCAGACGACGGUACCAUUAUCCUGAUGUGGCUAGUGUUGGCUGCUGCCGUCCUCAUCACUGUCAUGAUGCUUGCAUUCGCGCUAUGGAGGUUCAGCUGCUUUGAGAACUACACCAGAAUGCAAACGUACAGCGACACAGAUAGUCUGCACAACGAAAAACAAAGCCUGGACAUGUACCCCACGCCACACCAGACCCUGCCGCCGCUGUUCACCGAGAGCAACUACAAAUGGCAUGACAACAACUUCGAAGACACCACUAGAGUGGACAUGGGAGGCUUCACCAACAGGACGUAUGUGAGGGACGACUUGACUGACGAGUCGGAAGAAGAAGUGGUCGUGUCCCGUGAAACGUUCCAUGACAAGUUCACCACAGACGUGUAGCCGAUUUUUAUGCCAUUAAUAUGACCGAAUGGAAGCGCAGCGCUUCUAGUCCCAAAGCUGCAGACAUCGUGUGACGGACGAGCCCAAGAAGCAAUAGCGCAUACACAAUAUUCAGUCAGUCCAAUUUUGAAAAGUAGCAGUCUGUUUCUUUUGUUAUUUCACUACAUUACCGAUUAUUUGUUGUCGAUACAUUUGAAUACUUUUUUUUACGAAAAUUUACGAACUAGUUCCAAGCUUUAGCAAAUAAAUAUGCCAGACUAGUUAUAUUUAGUUUAAGUAGUACGACCAUAAGAAUAAAUAUCUAGGUGGAAAGGACACUCGCAUGAAUUCAAUUUUAAUAAUAAUUGAUUUAAAGUGCGUCCUUUUAAAAGCACAAUCAAUCAAUAAUCAGUCAGGGCUCACGAGCGACACACGCAGAGAGAUCGUAUAUCUCGCUUAAUUAUAUUGCGUAAAUAGCGUAGAUUUUUUUAUUAAAUAUUUUUUGUGACAACCCUCGCGCAUAGACGCGAAGUCUGAAGGGUAUACUUUGUUAUUAUUACCGUAGGAACGCAUGUGAGUGUUAUUUGUGCCCAGUGUGUUUAUUCUUAUGACAUGACCUAACGUAGAAUAGAUCUCUAAAUUCCAAAUAAAAGUUUUAAAUGUAUUUAUCUAGCUGUUAGUAAAGAUGAAGGUUGUUUAUUUUCCUUUUGUUUAAACGAUCAGAUUGGAGACGUUAAAGUGAACACCAAAUAUAAUUGAUGUUAUGAAUAAAUUGCAAUCGAAGUAAGAAUAGAACUGACUCUUCCAGUCUCUUCCAUUACAUUAUUUUAAUAAAUAAAUAAAUACUUUAUUCUGUGAUGUUUUGUAUGCUAAAGUAGUUACACAUCUGUAAAAUAAAAUAAAAAGUUAUAUAUGCAAAUAAAUCGGUACGUAAUCAAAUUUAAUUAAAUUAUUUUGAAAAUUUAAUUCGUCUUAAGUAUAAAUAAAAAUGAAUGAAACAAUUAUAUGUGCUAAAUAAAUCUAAGUCAGUCAAGGUCUUCUUGACACCCGAUGGUGAGGGCGGGCGAGGUAGGGGCUUCGGGACGAACCCCAUUGCCCCGGCAUCUUCUCCGGAGGCUACUAUCUCCAGAGGCUACUGAAAUAAUUCUAAAAGCAUGUUUAUGCAAACCUUACCCACUUUUUAAAUGAUAAUGGACAAUUAUAGAUUCUAUUCUUAUUUUGAAUGUAUCGUACCUUACGUAUAUAUUGCUUAGAUGUAGCAAAGUUUACUAAAGGACAUAGAUAAAGGAUUUAACUAUUUCAUUUCUAAAUACGCUUCCACACGCAUGAUUUAGUAUUAUGACAAAGUCUCAUAUUAAUUUACUUUUAGUAAGAUAAAUAUAAAAUAAUACAUAUAACAUAAAAUUACAAUACUUCCGGAAAUAGAAAAUGAAUAGAAAUUAAACUAACCUCAUAAUGGGAUAUAGAAUACGGAGAUGAUAACUUCAGAAUACGUAUAUACGAAGAAAAUACUUUAUUACUAAAGUCAUAAGGAGGUUUUUCUUUAAAAUUUGUUAUAAAAUAACAAAAUUCAUAUUUUUGCUUUAAACGAAACGUGUUUAGAAAUGUAAUAGUUACUUACUUGUCUACGGACGAUGAUGCUCGAUUCCAUAUUAGAGCUAAGAAGUAUACAACAUAUCUGCGUUAAGUAUACAAAGAUAGGCUAUGAUAAUUAUAAGGAUAAAAUAAAUUAUAAAAUAAAAUACUGCAGCGGUAUUUGGUGACAGAAAAUUAAUGAUAUUAUGUUAUUAAUAAAUAAAUAAAUAAAUAAAUAAAAUACAUUAAUGUCAAAAUUGUUACAUCUAAAAAUAUAAUAUUCAGAGUUUAGAACAGGUGAUCAGAUUUUUUAUUUCUAAAAAAAUAUACCGCUUUAAAUAAUUAAAUUUCUUUUUAUAUUGUGCAUUUUUUUAUUACAUGAUACAAAUGUAGUUAACGAUCGGAUGUUGUGAUUUUAUAUUAAACAACUAAUUUAAUUUAUUUCUUCUUUAUACUUUUUUUUUAUUUAUAAUUAUGGUGAUAAUAAACAUUUUCUUUUUUUAAA